CACACACACACACACACAGGUUCUGUUCAGAAGAACAAAACUGAAAUUUUAAAGAAAAACUAAUUUUCUCUUUUCAUCAAGCUGCGACCCUCAGACUGAUCCCAGGACCCUCAGCGGGUCCCCGAGCCGCUGGUUGAGCAGCCUCUCCAUGGUUUUUUUUUGUUCUGUGUCACCUGGCCGGGAUCCAGGCAGCAGCCAAUCAGCGCGCAGCUCUCUGAACCCGGCUGUCAGGAAGAACCGGACGGUCUCGGUCCUCCGCCUGCGGAUCCUCUUGGUUUUUCUGGAAUUCGGGAUCCCGUCCACGCGGUUCGGUUCCGGUUCAUCAGUGCUGAGUUCCAGUGUGGAUCCACAGAGAGGCGGGACCGACCUAGAAUCCGCAGGGAACACCUGGUCCGGGACCGAAACUCCAGCGAACAAAGUAACCGAAACUGCGGGCAGACACCUGCUGCUGCCUGGACCGGGUCAGGACCGGGCCAGGACCGGGCCGGAUCACAGGGGACUAUGAUGGACUCUGAACGGGACUAAAAGGAACACGUUAGAACGGUUCUGUGGAUCCGGAGGCGCCAUGUCUGUGAACGAGCUCUACACCAAGUUCACCCGGGUCUGGAUCCCGGACCAGGACGAGGUGUGGAGGGCUGCAGAGAUCACCAGAGACUACAGGGAGGGGGAACCGGUCCUGCACCUGCAGCUGGACGAUGGAACGAACCUGGAGUACCAGGUGGGUCCAAAGUCCAACCCGCUGCCGUUCCUGCGGAACCCGGACAUCCUGGUGGGGGAGAACGACCUGACGGCGCUCAGUUACCUGCAUGAACCCGCCGUCCUGCACAACCUGAGGGUCCGCUUCCUGGAGUCCAACCACAUCUACACGUACUGCGGUAUCGUCCUGGUGGCCAUCAACCCCUACGAGCAGCUGCAGAUCUACGGUGAGGAGGUGAUCACGGCCUACAGCGGGCAGAACAUGGGCGACAUGGACCCUCACAUCUUCGCCGUGGCUGAGGAGGCSUACAAACAGAUGGCCAGGGAUGAGAGGAACCAGUCCAUUAUCGUGAGCGGAGAGUCCGGAGCAGGAAAAACUGUUUCAGCCAAAUAUGCCAUGAGGUUCUUCGCCACUGUGGGCGGCUCGGCCAAUGACGCCAACGUGGAGGACAAAGUUCUGGCCUCCAACCCUAUUAUGGAGGCCAUCGGGAACGCUAAAACCACCCGGAACGACAACAGCAGUCGCUUUGGGAAGUACAUCCAGAUCAUCUUCAGCCGUCACUACCACAUCAUCGGGGCCAGCAUGAGAACCUAUCUGCUGGAGAAGUCCCGGGUUGUCUUCCAGGCUGAGGAUGAGAGGAAUUAUCACAUCUUCUACCAGCUGUGUGCCUCGGCCAGUUUACCAGAGUUUAAGGAGCUCGGUCUCAAGGAACGAUGCCCACCUGCAGCACUUCUGCAGGCUGCUGGGGGUGGAGCUAAAGCAGAUGGAGCACUGGCUGUGCCACAGGAAGCUGGCCACAGCGUCAGAGACCUACGUGAAGAGCAUGUCCAGCAGGCAGGCGCAGAACGCCCGCGACGCGCUCGCCAAGCACAUCUACGCCCGCCUCUUCGACUGGAUCGUCCAGCACAUCAACAAGGCUCUGCAGACCUCCUCUAAGCAGCACUCCUUCAUCGGAGUCCUGGACAUCUACGGGUUUGAGACGUUUGAGGUGAACAGCUUCGAGCAGUUCUGCAUCAACUACGCCAACGAGAAGCUGCAGCAGCAGUUUAACUCUCACGUCUUCAAGCUGGAGCAGGAGGAGUACAUGAAGGAGCAGAUUCCYUGGACCCUCAUCGACUUCUACGACAACCAGCCCUGCAUAGACCUGAUCGAGGCCCGGCUCGGGAUCCUGGACCUGCUGGAUGAGGAGUGUAAGGUUCCAAAGGGGACGGAUCAGAACUGGGCCCAGAAGCUGUACAAGCAGCACUCCAGCAGCGCCCACUUCCAGAAACCCCGCAUGUCCAACAUCUCCUUCAUCAUCAUCCACUUCGCUGACAAGGAACCCGACAUGUUCCAGUUUGGAAAGACCAAGAUCUUCUUCAGAGCCGGUCAGGUGGCGUACCUGGAGAAACUUCGGACCGAUAAGUUCCGAUCAGCCUGCAUCAAGAUCCAGAAGACGGUCCGAGGCUGGCUGCAGAGGAUCCGGUACCGUAAGAUCCGCAGGUCUGCCGUGGCCCUGCAGAGAUACGGUCGAGGAUACCUGGCUCGUAGGUACGCAGAGUUCCUGCGUCUGAACCGGGCCGCCCUCAUCUGUCAGAAACAGUACCGCAUGGUCCGGGAGCGCAGGAAGUACCUGCGGAUCCGGCAGGCUGUGGUCACCAUCCAGGCCUACACCCGAGGGAUGUUCACCCGCAGGAUCUACUGGGAGUUCCUGCUGCACCACAAGGCCAUGAUCAUCCAGAAGAGCGUGCGCGGCUGGCUGCAGAGGAGGAAGUUCAGGCGAGCGCGCRCCGCCGCMGUCAUCAUCCAGUGUGGCUUCAGACGCCUGCAGGCCAAGAAGCAGCUGAAGCAGCUGAAGAUCGAAGCUCGCUCUGCAGAACGCCUGAAGAAGCUCAACACGGGCAUGGAGAACAAGAUCGUCCAGCUGCAGAGGAAGAUGGACGAGCAGUCCAAAGAGAUGAAGGCUCAGAACGAGCAGCUGCUGACGGUCAACACCUCGCUGGGGUCAGAGGUCAGCAAGCUGCAGAAGGAGCUGGAGCUGGUCCGGGGUCAGCAGCCGGACGGAGGCCGGGUCAUGUCGCUGCAGGAGCAGGUGGACAAGCUGCAGGAGGAGCUGCAGGAGGCGCAGGCCGAGAAGAAGAGGCUGCAGGAGGAGCACAGCAGCGAGAAGCUGAGCCUCACACAGAGGCUGGAGGAGCUGCAGGCAGAAAACUCUCUGUUAAAGAGCGAGAAGGAAGAACUGAACCGACAGAUCCAGCAGCGCUCCAAGACGUCUGCAGAGGAGACCAGCAGUGCCUCCCUGCAGGCCGAGCUGGACGGGGAGCGGCAGCGCUACCAGAACCUUCUGAAGGAGUUCUCCAGGCUGGAGCAGAGAUACGACAACCUGAAGGAGGAGAUGUCUCUGAGCAAGUUCCAGCCCGGCCACCACAGGAACCCGUCCAAUCAGAGCAGCCUGGAGUCCGACUCCAACUACCCCUCCUUCUCCACCUCUGAGGUGGGAGACACCGAGGACUCCAUCCAGCUGGUGGAGGAGAUGGGGGUGGAGAAGGCUGCCAUGGACAUCAGUUUGUUCAUGAAGCUGCAGAAACGAGUGCGAGAGCUGGAGACAGAAAGGAAGAGGCUGCAGAACAACCUGGACAAGAUGGAGGAGUUGGCCAAGCGUAGGACUUCUGAUGUGAAGAUUUCCUCCAGGGAGCACGAGACCUCAGAUCUGGCCUACAACAACCUAAAGAUGCAAGAACUGGAAUCAGAGAACAAGAAACUAAAGAAUGACCUGAACGAGCUGAGGAAGAGCAUCGCUGAGCGAGCAACACAGGACAACUCAUCCAAUGAGCUGCAGGACAGCUACAACCUGCUGCUAAAUCAGCUGAAAUCAGCCAAUGAGGAGCUUGAUGCUCGCAAGGAGGAGGUGCUUAUCCUCAGAACUCAGAUAGUGAGCAGUGCUCAGCUGUUGGAGAGGAGCCAAAAUGCAGAGGGAGAGAAGGAGGGAGARAAGGAUGCUGAGCUGAACGACAGCACUGAGCCGAUGGACAAGGAGGAGGCGCUCAAAGCGUAUAACGGACUGAGUGAGUCCAAGAAGCUCCUGGAGGCCCAGCUGCAGACCCAGACCCGGCAGCACCGGGAUGAGCUGGAGGCUCUGCACACUCAGAUCGAGGUGCUGAAGGAAGACCUGGAGAAGAAGCAGGAGGCCUUGAACUACAUGAGCUCUCUGUCCCCGGAGGCGAAGGUGGAGUACAGCGUCCAGCAGGAGAUCACUCGGCUCACCAACGAAAACCUGGACCUGAAGGAGAUGGUGGAGAAGCUGGAGAAGAACGACAGGAAGUUGAAGAAGCAGCUGAAGAUUUACAUGAAGAAGGUCCAGGAGCUGGAAGCUGCUCAGGCUGCRGGUCAGAACCGCAACAUCAGGCCGGACCUGGUCCGCCAGAGCUGGUCGGUGCAGAGGAGGGAGAAGGACUUUGAGGGGAUGCUGGAGUACAACAACGAGGACGAGGCUCAGCUCAUCAAGACCCUGAUCACCGACAUGAAACCCAGCUCRGUGUCGGCCACAGUCCCCUGUCUGCCUGCCUACAUCCUGUUCAUGUGCAUCCGCCACGCUGACUACAUCAAUGAUGACCAGAAGGUGGAGUCUCUGCUUACCUCCACCAUCAACGCCAUCAAGAAGGUCCUAAAGAGGAACAACGAGGACUUUGAGAUGAUGUCGUUCUGGUUGGCUAACAGCAGCCGGUUGCUGCACUGCCUGAAACAGUACAGUGGAGAUGAGUCCUUCAUGACUCAGAACACCCCCAAACAAAACGAACACUGUUUGAAGAACUUCGACCUGGCCGAGUACCGGCAGGUUCUGAGUGACCUGUGCAUCCAGAUCUACCAGCAGCUCAUCAAAGUGGCUGAAGGCAUCAUUCAGCCAAUGAUUGUGUCAGCCAUGUUGGAGAGUGAGAGCAUCCCGAGCCUGGCGGGCGUGAAGCCGAUGGGCUACAGGAACCGCUCGUCCAGCCUGGACAUGGACGCUGACGGACCGGCCAGCUUCACCCUGCAGACUCUGAUUCGACAGCUGAGCCAGUUCAACAGUAUCAUGCGGGACCAUGGACUGGACCCUGAGAUUGUGAACCAGGUGGUCAAACAGCUCUUCCACAACAUCAACGCCAUCACCCUGAACAACCUGCUGCUGCGUAAAGACGUCUGCUCCUGGAGCACCGGCAUGCAGCUCAGGUACAACACGAGUCAGCUGGAGGAGUGGCUCCGGGCCAACAACCUGUUCCAGAGCAAAGCUGCAGCCACGCUGGAGCCCAUCAUCCAGGCCGCCCAGCUGCUGCAGGUGAAGAAGAAGACGUCCCAGGACGCCGAGGCCAUCUGCUCGCUCUGCACAGCCCUCAACACGCAGCAG